AUGCCUGGAAAGAAGAGGUUUGGGGAUGAACUGCCAGACAUCAUUUGGUUGGAAGGGGUUGGAAGUGAAUGCGGUGAAGGUUGCUUCCUCCUCACUGCCAAGAGUGGCCGCAUGUUUGCGUGCACCUUCCACUCAGUCUUCACAGACUCAUUUCCCUUCACCUCCCCCCCGCUCCUCUCCCAAUCCACUUGCUUCCUCCUCACUGCCAAGAGCAGCCGUGUGCUCGCGUGCACCUCCCACUCACUCUUCACAGACUCAUACCCGCUGGCUUUCCUCCCUUUUCUAUCUCCCCUCAUCUUCCCCCCACCUCUACACCCACAUCCCAGGGGUCGCUUCCUCCUGGCUGCCAAGAGCGGCCGGUUUGGUGAUGACCUGGACACGAUCCAGUGGAACCGGCACGAGCUGGCAGUCAUGCUGGAGAACGUGCAGGCCUACGUGGCACCCACUGACGUGGACCUGACAGCUGGCGUGCAGUGCGGAGUGCUGAUGCUGGGAAGAGGGGCUGCUAGUAAUGGGGAUAUGGAGGGAAGUCACCUACUGAAGCAGGUGUUUCAACCUUGCACCAUGUACCUGGAGUAUACGCGAUACAAGAGCGGGUCUCAGGGUGCCCAGAAGAAGCCGCUAAAGGAAGUGAGUUUCAGUGUGCCCAACAUCACAGCCACCAUGACCUCCCAGCAGUUCCAAACACUCACCGAUAUCAUCAUGAACCUCGCUCUUGCGCCCACGCCCAAUACUCGGAGUUCCCGAGUGCGUCCUGGUGCAGACAAGGAUGAAGAAAAGGAGGAGUACGGAUCCCGGGCCGAUGGAGUUCCCAAGGUGGGGGCGGCAGAGGUGAAAGCAGAGGUGGCACAACGGGCAGUCAACGCCCUCAUCCAGGACCUCUGGAGGACGAGAGGAGUGCAGGUCUUGACCCUCGAGUUGAAGAAACCGAAGGUACGGCCAGACGCAGACGAGGAGGAGGAGGAAGAGGAAGAAUACGGAUCUCGGCCUGACGGAGUUCCCGAGGUGGAGGCGGCAGAGGUGAAGGCGGAGGUGGCGCAGCGGGCAGUCAACGCCCUCAUCCAGGACCUCUGGAGCACCGUGGCACAGGACUUGACCCUCGGGUUUCCUCCCUUUCCAUGCGCUUCCCUCCCCCCCAUCCCGCCGCCAUUCAGGUUGAAGAAGCCAAAGGUGCGGCCCGAUGCAGACGAGGAAGAGGAGGAAGAGGAGGAGUACGGAUCCCGACCAGACGGAGUUCCCGAGGUGGAGGCGGCAGAGGUGAAGGCGGAGGUGGCGCAGCGGGCAGUCAACGCCCUCAUCCAGGACCUCUGGAGCACCGUGGCACAGGACUUGACCCUCGGGUUUCCUCCCUUUCCAUGCGCUUCCCUCCCCCCCAUCCCGCCGCCAUUCAGGUUGAAGAAGCCAAAGGUGCGGCCCGAUGCAGACGAGGAAGAGGAGGAAGAGGAGGAGUACGGAUCCCGACCAGACGGAGUUCCCGAGGUGGAGGCGGCAGAGGUGAAGGCGGAGGUGGCGCAGCGGGCAGUGAACGCCCUCAUCCAGGACCUCUGGAGCACAGCCUCUCUCACCGCCUCCAGGGCUCACGGGCCCGAGCUGGCGUUUGCUGGGAGCUGGGACGGAGGAGGAGGGGGAGGAGGGAAUGCGGGUGUGUUUGGGUCGGGGCGGCUGGUUUUGGAGGAGGAGGAUCCGAACCACAAGAGCCUUGUGCUCGCGCCGCCCAUGGUGCUGGUCGCUGCUCUCAAAGGAGAGUACCUCGUGCGCAGAGCAUACGUGCAGGUCGCUGCUCUCAAAGGAGAGUACCUCUUGCUCAACGUGGACAGGGAUUUCAACGACAUAGGCAUGCAUGGCGUGCUUCGUCAUCAAGUCCAUCGCCGUGCGCAACUGCGUCUUGAAGAAGCCAAGUCCCAUAUACCUGACCUAACCCCCCCUCCUUCCCCCUCCCCCUCCCCACCACCACAUCAGCUUCUCAACGUGGACAGGGAUUUCAACGACAUAGGCAUGGCGUGCUUUGUCAUCAAGGCAAUCGCUCUCCUGAACGUCGACAGGGAUUUCAACGACAUAGGCAUGGCGUGCUUCGUCAUCAAGUCCAUUGCCGUGCGCAACUGCCUGCCUCAAGCCAAGUCGCGCCUCGUGCUCUCUGCCUGGAACCCUCCUCCCGACUGGUCCCGACAUGCCAUGAUUCGAGUGGUGGGGAAGAUAGGCAAGCCUGUCGACGGCGUCUCCCCCAUUGAGACCUUUGAGGUGGAGAUCUACCCGCUGCGCAUCUACCUGACAGAGCAGAUGUAUCGAGUGGUGUGGGACUAUCUCUUUGCCAAGGAGCCAGACGAGCAGCUCAGGAAGCAGGAGAUGUGGGGUCCUGUGGCGCUCCCAGUGAAGCAGAAGGACAAGCGCCGCUCCACCGCACCUGACACCCUCUCCUCCUCUGCUGCUGCCGGCACUGGAGGUGGGGGGUUCCCCGCGUCAGCGACCGUUGGGGGUGCGGGUGGUGGAGGAGGGGGGAGGAAGGGCGCGGAGGAGCCUCGCUUGAAGCACCAGUCGUCGGCUCCUCCAUCUGCUCUGGUGGUUGAGGAGAUUGUGACCCCCCUUCCCUUCCUUUUUCGCCCUCCCCCCCUUCAACCCCUUCCCUCCCACCAGCGUCGGUCCACCACUGACAGCAUCAAUUCUACUCGCUCUGCCCGGUUGCUCCCUCCCCUCCCUUGCUUUCAAUCUGCCAACCACCUCCUCCAUUUUUCUCCCCUUUUCCCCUCUUUCCUCCCACCAGCGUCGUCCACCACUGACAGCAUCAAAUCAAUUCUACUCGCUCUGCCGCCGGCUCACUCCCCCCCUCCCUCUCCCCCUCCACCUCCCCUCCAGGCCCUCCCUGGAUCCCAAUCUCUCAGCCACAUCUAUCCCCUCCCUGAUUUUCCCGUUUCCCCCUUUUUCUCCCCUUCUCACCUCUUCCCCCCCCACCAGCGCCGGUCCACCACUGACAGCUUCACCUCCACCGGCUCUGCCCCCGGCUCAUGCAAUUGCCUUCUCAGCAGACCGAUACCCCCCUUCCCCUCUCCCCCCUUUUCACCUAUUCCCCCCCAUUCCCCCACCAGCGCCGGUCCACCACUGACAGCUUCACCUCCACCGGCUCUGCCCCCGGCUCAUGCAAUUGCCUUCUCAGCAGACCGAUACCCCCCUUCCCCUCUCCCCCCUUUCACCUAUUCCCCCCCAUUCCCCCACCAGCGCCGGUCCACCACUGACAGCUUCACCUCCACCGGCUCUGCCCCCGGCUCAUGCAAUUGCCUUCUCAGCAGACCGAUACCCCCCUUCCCCUCUCCCCCCUUUCACCUAUUCCCCCCCAUUCCCCCACCAGCGCCGACCGAUACCCCCCUUCCCCUCUCCCCCCUUUCACCUAUUCCCCCCCAUUCCCCCACCAGCGCCGGUCCACCACUGACAGCUUCACCUCCACCGGCUCUGCCCCCGGCUCAUGCAAUUGCCUUCUCAGCAGACCGAUACCCCCCUUCCCCUCUCCCCCCUUUCACCUAUUCCCCCCCAUUCCCCCACCAGCGCCGGUCUACCACUGACAGCUUCACCUCCACCGGCUCUGCCCCCGGCUCGCUCCCCUCCUUCCCCUCCUCCCUCCCCGCACUCCCCUCCGCCUCCACCUCCCCCUUCCCCUCCUCCGCCUCGCCCUUCCACCCGUCCCUGCCCCCACCGCGCUCCCCUCUGCCCUCCUACUCGGUUAUCCGUCCUUCUACUGGCCUGCUUUAUGCCCCUCCAAUUACUCACUCCUCCUCGGCCCCUCUCCCCUUGGCGAAUCCCUAUGGUAGAGGUGCUAGUAGUGCUGGGCUAGGGUACAGAGGAGGAGGCAGGGGCGGGGGAAUGGGCGGGUCUGCGGCAGGGAAAGGUGGAGCUGCUGAUCACAUACGAGGGGUACCCCGUCUCAGUCACCGACCUGCGGCUCCUCAUGGACACAUUCGCCUGCACCGAGUACACCUAAGGCCCACACCUUUCCUUAUUCUGCUUCUUACCCUCUCGCAGGUGGAGCUGCUGAUCACAUACGAGGGAUAUCCAGUGUCGGUCACCGACCUGCGACUCCUCAUGUACACAUUUGCCCGCACCGAGUACACGGGGCCGUGGCGCCCAUUCAACUUGUUAACACUUCCCCCUUCUUCUCCUCUCUCCCAUCAGGUGGAGCUGCUGAUCACAUACGAGGGGUACCCCGUCUCAGUCACCGACCUGCGGCUCCUCAUGGACACCUUCGCCCGCACGGAGUACACGGGGCCGUGGCGCCGCCUCUUCUCUCGCCUUCGCAAGCAUGUCAUCUGGGGCGUGCUCAAGUCUGUCACAGGCAUGCAGGGCCGCAAGUUCAAGGACGCACAUUUGCAAGCCGGAAGCAGCGGUGGCGGCGGCAGCAGCAUCACCACAACCACCCCAUCCAAGUCGCAAGCAGCAGCGGCUGCAGCAGCAGCAGCGGAGAUGGCAGAGAGUGACAGUGACGACGAGAGCGCACCCGCAGGGGGGGCGUCAGGGGCUGGAGUGGACGGGAAAGCUGGCAGGAAGAUUCCCGCAGCAGCAGGGGCAGGAGGAGGGGCCAGCGGGGGAGGAGGAGGGGGAGGGGGGGAGGGGGUGGGCGACGGGAGUUAUGGUGGGAGUGUGGGGGCAGGAGGGGGAAGGGUGGGUGUGUUGGAGGCAGGAUCUGUUGUUCCUGGUGCUGCGGCCACUGCAGCUAGUGGGACACUGGCGGUGGGAGGAGGCGGGGCGUCGAUGCUACUGGCUCGGCUGGGGAACAAGGGGGAGCGCAUGGGAGAUGGGUUCGUGUCGUCGGUUAAAGGGCUGUUUAAGGACCAGCUUGGACGAGCCAAACAUGUGCUUAAGAGCAAAGAGCAGCAGCAGCAGCAGCAGCAGCAGCAGCAGCAGCAGCAGCAGCAGCAGCAGCAGCAGCAGCAGGUGCAUCACCAUCACCACCACCGGCAUCAUCAGCAGCACCAGCAGCAAAAGCAGCAGAAGCAGCAGGGGGGGGAGGAGAAAGAAGGAGGAGGUGGUGGGAGGAGUGGAGAGGAGGGUAGUGUGGGUGGUGAAAGUGGGGUGGUGAAGGGAGAGGGGAGUGGGGGGUCUCCUGUGCUGCCAACAAGGAGUGGGGAGGUGGAGAGAGAGAAGGAGAAAGGGAUGAGCUCACUGGUUGCGAAGGGACAGGCUUUAGUGCCUAAGCUGUGGACUCCAAAACAGAGUGCAGGUCGGAUUGAUGAAGCCAUCCCGGAGGUGCCUGAAGAUGGAGCUGCAUCCGAGUCCUCCAGUGCAGCCAUUGGAUUAGAGUCGAAGGAUUAG